UUAAACAUACAAAGACAACGUACUUAUACUCAUCAGAUUUUUAUCGUUAUUUAUUUGUGGAAUUGUUUCUCCUUUAAAAAGAAAGUCACAUUUUUAUCGCGCCCUCUUCUAUACUGUUAAUAAGAUGUCUCUGCGUUUAGAUCAUCAAUACCAAUGAGUAUCUAAUAUUUGUACCCAAUUUUAGAGCUUGCUGAACAUUGUCGGUCUCUAGGAGCUACCAUCUACUGGUAUUCUUUUCACACUAAGAAUGCCUCCGUUAAACACCGUAUAAUACUCUGGAGAGUUGAAACAUGUCUUCCUUCGCAAAAUCAAACAAAGCUGCUCAGCGAAUUCACAAAGAACGACAUCAACUGGAAGACAGACAACACCUUGGGGCGCUUGAAAAGAAAAAGGACUAUCGGAUUCGUGCCAAAGAUGCUAACACAAAGCGAGCUCAAAUUAAAAGACUUCGACAGAGGAUUCUCGAAAAGAACGCGGAUGAGUUCUAUUUUCACAUGAAGAACUCUGCCCUUGUCAAUGGAGUUCACUACGAUAAGGUAAAAGGACAGGAAUUCACAGAUGAACAGCUGAAGUUGAUGCAAACGCAAGACCAUCGUUAUAUCCAGAUGAAGCGGGUUAUUGAGACGCAGAAAAUUGAAAAGCUAAAGUCGGAACUUCACUGCAUCGGCCUUAUUCAAGAGGUGACGAAUAACCAUACCUUCUUCGACGACGAUGGUCAGCCUAUAGAAAAAGUCAAGAAUCUUGAUAAAAAGUUAGGCACAGCGAAGGAACUCCUUGAUCGAAAGUAUAAUCGCUUAAAAAUAGAAGAUCUUCUGCCAGAAAUGGCAGUUGACGAAGAAACAUUAAAAGAAGCUGCCAAAGAAACGAAAAGAAAAUACCAUGAGCUUGAAAGUCGCAUAAAACGGGAACGUGAACUGCGAAUUCUGGAAGAAAAAGUUCGAAUAAAAAAACUUCUUUUAGAUAAGAAACAACCACCUAAGACUAAGCUGCAGGACGGCUCGAAAGAUCGUGCUCCCGUAUACAUUUGGGCUACAGAACGCAAACGUUAAUUCUUUGAAGAAACUUCCUUGUAAGUUUACCAAUAUCGUGAAUAAAAUAUCAUCUUCGUUUUCAAACACAAACGUCAUCUAUUAUUACAUUAAAAGAGUCUUGUGUAUAAAAUAUGUAAUGAGGCUUUAUUAGGUGGCGUACUAAUGUACGUCAUUGCUCUACGCACUUGAAGGCGAUGAUGUUCUACGAACGCAACGGUAUAUUGUUACGCUACUUGUAGUUAAUCUUGUGGUUAAGUAGCUGGAUUAUCUGCGGUACACACGCAAGCCGUUAGAUCUGUUUUAUUUACGACAGUAUAGUAGUAACGUGUUUGCCUAGUCGGUCUGAAUCUCGGCGUAGAAUCAACGAAAAUCUAAGUGACUAGGAUAAGAUAAUAUCAUCUGUUUCAAAUUCUACAAUUUUAUGGCUAACCAAAACUAGAUAAGUGCGACGAGUAAAUGAAACCUGCAUUAGAUAGACAUAUAAGAGCCGUUUCUUACGUCGAAGUCCCUACGCUCCAAUCCAUUUCCGCGAAAAAAUUUAGUUACCGAAUAGUGUAACAGGGAAAACUCAUUUUCCUUGCAUCGAUUCUGGUUGAGUG